AUGGCGCUGGCCGACGAGCAGCAGAACUGGCCUGAUAGCCAGCCUCCUGAGAUGGAAGCCGCCGACUCUCCCACCGACGUCGAGUUGGACGGCGAAGAGGUCUCAGGCGCCGAGCCCGAGCCUGCUGCUGUCAAGAAGGCGAGCCGCAACGCAUACUACAAGAUGCGCCGCUUUGCGACCAGCCCGAGAAUCACGCAGUUCCCCCACAUCGCCAAAAUCUGGCGCGCCGGCAGUGAAGACCAGAAGAAGGACCUUCUGAGCCAAUGGGUCACCACCAACGGCAAUGCUUCCAGCAUUGAGGCCACGUUGAACCUUCGCUCCAGCAUGUCUCACAAGCUGGACGAGGUGGAGGAGUUGCUGACAAUCAAGCAGAUGAAACAGCGAGAUGUGUCGCAGCGCCUUAGCUCUUGUUGGCAGAAAAUUGAUGCCACCGUGGCAUCCCAGCCGGGCGUCCCAGAUCCUGCCUGUCCCGCUAGCAAAGAUGACGUCCGGUACUGGAUCACCAUGAGUGUGAAGCGGGCAAAAGCUCAGUCCACUGAGCUUGAGUCCACUAUCAGCGGCCGGGUCGAUCCACAGGCGGCCUUUCAAGCGAUGAAUGGGAGCGGGCUUCUCUCUGCUCUUGGAGCCACGCGGAUUGCUAGCAGUAGUGGCCCCUCCGUGGCGGAUAUGAUCCCCGGGGGCGCCAUGGCCAUGCAGCAGUUCGCAGCAAGCGUAAGCCCUGCAGCAUCGCUGCCAGAGCCGCCGGCUACACAAGGUACACCAGCGCCGAAAGCAAAGCCUGUUCCCAAGAAGAAGGCCAAAGCGCAGCCAGGUCUGGAGCUCAAAAAAGAGCUCAAUGCUGUGAACAACCUGCACCUUGACUUGCCGCUUUCGCAAGCUGCCUUCAAAGACGAUCUCACUACUGCGAUUGCCACCUGGCAAAAGAUGGAGCAGUGGAACGACGGCAUCCAGGGGGUCGCCGACGAGGUUGCGGCCGUGCGUGUGAAGAAAGCCCAAGUCAAGGCCACCAUGCAAGAGCUCAAGAAGCCGCUGCCUGAGAAGCGCGCGUGCGCGCAGUUCGAUAUGUUCUGCACGGCGCGGGCCUUAAGGCAGUCCGCCCUGAAGGAAGCGCGGGCUCACCAGAAGCUCAGAGCAGCCGACCUGACCUUCGACGCCCUGGUGACGUACUGCACAUUGCCCGUGCAAGACGAGCAGGGCAUGCAGGUCGAGGCCCUGGUUCGCCACGGCUACCGUGAUGUGCUCGGCACUUGCAGCGCUGAGUAUUGGCAAAUGCAAGCCGCGCGUGGUAUCACUGCACCCGGCCCUGACAGCAUUCCCCUUUUGCUGUUCGGCGACGAGGCCGAGUGGAACAGCUGCACGUAUAUGGCUCUGCAUUGGAUGGCGGACUGCGCCGAUGUUCGUGUGCAACAAGAUUCUCGAAUGUCGCGAUACUUGAUUUGCGUCAUUCCAUCACAUGUUCACUGCCACGAGGAGGAUUCCAACAUCAACUACACAUUGCAGGCUGCGUUGCAGCACAUCGCGCAGAGCUUCGACUGCCUUCGAGCUGAAUGCAGCGUGCGGGCGCAGCUGGCUGGCAUAAAAGGCGACUGGAAAUUUUUGUGCCAGGCCUUAAAUUCUUGCCGCACAUACAAUCACAACUCUUGCUGCCUCUGGUGCGACGCGACGCGCGAUGGCGCAUUUCCAUACACCGAUGUCGCUGAAACAGCGAGCUGGCGCAGCACAUUGUAUCUCAGCGAUCCAUGGGUGACCCCGCCAGCUCUUGCUACCUUGGGGGGCAUAUCGUCAAUCCUGCGCAUCGUGCACAUCGACUUGAUGCAUGCCAUCCAUCUGGGGGUGGGCCGAGAUUUAGUCGGGUCCGUGUUGUACCUCUUGGUUCAUGCGAGGCGUGGUGGAGCAUUUCGUGGAUCCAAUAUCAAAAAACGCUUUCGCCACGCCACGUCUCUUUUCCUUUCUUCGCCGCACAGCAAAGGCUUCCCAAAGCACUUCUUGAUGCACAAGGACUGGGUUGGCAUGCGCAGCAAGAAGCAAUAUGUGGAGUGCCACUCCAAAGCCGCCCAGACAGGCUCGCUGAUUCAGUGGCUGGCAGACUUCCUUGGUGAGUGCACCGACGAGGUAGCCCCCCGCCCCUUGAAGGCAUGCGUGUGGUGCUUGAACGCCGCAAUGACUGUGCUCUUCAAAGCCAGGGCCGCUGGCCAACACACCCUCACCGAUGCUCAGGCGAGGCAGGCCCAUGAGUUUGGCUACACCUUCCUGAAGCUCUACCUCCAGCUUCAUGCCAGCUACCGCGGGAAACUGACCUAUAAGGUCUUCAACCCACGGCCAAAGUACCACCUCCUCUGCCACUUGUUUGACGAUCUUGUUCAGAACCGCCGCAACCCGGCCCGCAGUGUCAAUUUCAUGGACGAGGACUCCCUGCGAAAGACCGGCCACAUCAUCAAGAAAUGCCAUGCUAAGACUGCUGCGCUCACCGUGCUGCAACGCUACUUGGUGGGCUUGAAGCCCAAGAUGCAAGAAGCGUUUGAGAUCACCAAAAAUAAGGCCUGGCGGCACGAGCCACCAUCCAAACUUGAGCCAUCCUGA